AUGCGAAAUGUAUCUCAUGCAUCGGCUAACAACGAGCAUAGAGCUCAUGGGUCGAAAGACUCAUUACCAACUACCAAAGUAACUGUUAACAAGGAAAAUCAUAGUACCACCAUUAACCAUAAUGUGUAUGAUUUCAUGGGUGAAAUACAAGAACUUGAACGCGAAGCAGACAGACAAUCAAUCGAAGUCGAGUUUAACGAUUAUGCUGAAUUUGUUUCUCAACUUGUUGAUCUAUUCAAGCAUACUGUCAUUAUACCUGAACUUCAAUCUGAAGAUAAUUGGCAUGAUAAUGUUGGACAUCAUCUAAAACAAGAUAAAGGAAUCACUGGCAAUAGUCUUGUCGAUGAUAAAAUCGAACAAAUCGUUAUUAAAAAAGGCUUAACCAAAGAACAGUGGAAACGUCUUCUCUACAUAAAUUUUACCGCAGGUGACACUUUAGAAAUGACGAAGAUCAGCAGAAGCCAUUUGAAGAAGGUUCACGAGAUGACAUCACGUCUACUCGUAGGUGAGGAACAAACACCUGUGUUUGCUCUUAUUAAUGCUAUUGAAAAACAUAUGCCCAAAAGUCACUUUACUGACAGAUAG